AUGAGUACGUACGCAGCAAAUUCAUUUCGUAAGCAAUCGCACGACGCAUCCAGCUACACAAUGCACUCUUGUGGCAGCUAUUGGUCUGUCUCCGAGCUCCAUCAGUCCAAUUACAGUUACGGGGAGCUUGAUUUUAAUGGAACCUUCUCUUCUCAAGCCACCUGCAACUCCCUGAAUCGGGAGGAGAUGAGCACAAGCCAACGUGGCAGUAUAAAUUCACCGGCGCUACGGCCACGGUCGUGCUCAGCAGUGGGCUCUCUUAGCCCCGUCAGUGCACACGGACACAACCCCCUUAGUCACGGAUUGUUAAGCUUAAAGGCGGAGGGAAAUAUGGACGUGACCGAGAAGCCCACCAGCAAGAGACAAACAGGCGAUUUCAAACUGGAGAACACGCCGGCGAUAACAGAACAAACUAAAUCGACCCAGCAAAAGAGUCAGUCGCAGCCGCAGAUAUAUCCGUGGAUGACAAAACUACACAUGAGCCAUGAAUCUGACGGUAAAAGGUCACGAACCAGUUACACUCGCUACCAGACGCUGGAGUUGGAGAAAGAGUUCCAUUUCAACCGGUACCUCACACGUCGAAGACGUAUCGAGAUCGCAAAUAGCCUCUGCCUGAACGAACGUCAAAUUAAGAUAUGGUUCCAGAACCGACGCAUGAAGUGGAAGAAGGACUCAAAGAUGAAAGUUAAAGAGGCACUAUGA